UUCAACUUUAGCUGCGAAAAACACCUAAGACACCAUCCAAAUUUUCGGCUACCUUGCCGGAGAUAUUCUUUCUCUCCGACGUACUCCAUCGCCGGCCGGAAAUCCCGGCUGAUAUUAUCUAACCCCAUAAACUUUUUGGUAGUACCCCGGCCCUGUUUCUAUCUCUACAUCCAAAACUUUAUCGCUUUUUCGCUUUUCUCUUUCCGGUUGGAAGUACUGAUUUUGCAACCGGAAUCCGGUGUCGGAGUUUGGUAGAAGCGGUCGUGGUAUGAUGGGAUUUUGUAUUUGUCCGUUGGAAACGCCGGCGAGGUUGCUGUGGAGUACCAGCUUCUUCCGCCACAAGAUUAUGAUCUUUUAAUCUCUAAAGCCCAACCACCAAAAUAUAUAUAACUAAAUAUAUACAAUAAACAAUCUUAGUCCCUAAGAUAAAACCCACGUAAAAUACUCGUGCUGUGACUUGCCGGAUUCUAAAGGUCACCGGAGAUCUUACACAGAAUUCAUAGGAAGGAAGGAAGAAGAAGAAGAAGUAGUACUACUAUAACUACUAGCACUGCCGACGCCGAGGAAUGGAGUCCGGUCGUCUUUUCUUCGAUCCCACGUCUAGUUGCCACGGUGGCAACAUGUUGUUCCUCGGAAAUGGAGAUCCCGUUUUUCGAGGACCAACAAGAUCAAUGAUGAGCAUGGAUGAAAGCUCGAAAAGGAGACCUUUUUUCAGCUCGCCGGAAGAUCUGUACGACGAGGAUUAUUACGAUGAGCAGUUACCGGAGAAGAAGCGUCGCCUCACUCCUGAACAGGUGCAUCUGCUGGAGAAGAGCUUUGAGUCAGAGAACAAACUGGAGCCGGAUCGGAAAACCCAACUGGCGAAGAAGUUGGGGCUGCAGCCGAGACAGGUGGCUGUGUGGUUCCAGAACCGCCGUGCUCGGUGGAAGACAAAGCAACUCGAAAGAGAUUAUGAUCUUCUCAAAUCCACUUAUGAUUCCCUUUCGGCUAAUUAUGACUUAAUUCUCAAACAGAAUGACAAUCUCAAAUCUGAGGUGGCUUUUUUGAUGGAGAAACUAAAAGCCAAGGAGGAGGCCGGAGGAGGAGGAGAAGUAGCAGCAGCAGCAGCGCCGGUGCAGAAGGCAGAUGAAACUGUGGAGGAAGACAUGAGUGACAUAAGGGGGAUGCAGUUGAGCGUGAAGGCUGAGGAUAGGCUGAGCACCGGUAGCGGUGGCAGUGCGGUGGUGGAUGAGGAAAGUCCACAGCUUGUGGACAGCGGCGACUCCUGCUACUUCCAGAGCUGUGUCCAAUACUCAGCCGGAUGUUUGGACGCCGCCGCCGUUGAUGGAGUACCGUCUGAAGAAGACGACGGUAGUGAAGAUGGCCGUAGCUACUUCUCCGAUGUGUUCGCAGCCGUCGAUCAGCAACAGCAGGUUGAGGACGGAGAGGCUUUGGGCUGGUGGGUCUGGUCUUAGACUCUUAGAUUAUAUUUAUAUAUAUAUAUAUAAGAGUACUCGUGCAAUUAAGAUUGUUAUUACUACUACUACAUAUAUAUAGAGUAAAUAUAAAUAUUUAUAUAUAUACAUAUUUAUAUAAUGUAGUAGUAGUACGUAGUACAUUAUAGUUGUAGUUUACUUAAGAUGGUUGGGUUUGUUAUUUUCAUAUGUCCUCUCUCUCUCUCUCUCUCUCUCUCUCUCUCUCUCUCUCUGUAAUAUGUUAGUAAUAUGAUCAAAGAAGUAUAUAUAUAUAUAUGUUGCAAAUCAUAUAUAUAUGAUUAAGGGACAUAUAUAUUUCAUUCAAUCUUGAAUUGAAGGUGGAUAUCUAAGGCUAGUAAUAAUAAAAUUUGAAGUGGUUUGGUCAA